CCCAGACGGAUCCAGGUUUGUACGGGUUACACGGCGAACGAGUUUCUCAUUAUGGCUGCCUGGAAUCUCAACGGUUGGUGCCUAAAUAGGACGACAACACGCGCUUGAAGGUUUCACCCACUCUCAAUGUCGGACUACUGGCUUCUCGCGGUUACUACAGUAAUCGUACUGGGCACCAGCCUUCUUCUACGCACGAAGAGCCAACCACCACCUGCGUACAUCGGAGAUCGUGAGGACAUCACGGCGUUGGUACGCGCUGGAGCAAUCGAGAAGAAGGCCAUCUGGGAGGUAUUCGACGGGCUCGCGAAGAAAUAUGGCGAUAUCUUUUCAUUCGAGCUCGGAGGAAAGCCGGUUGUUGUCUUGAGCUCUGCGCAGAUGGCCACUAAUCUUCUCGACAAACGAGGAGAGAUCUACUCAAGUCGUCCUCGUCUUAUCAUGGCCCAUGAGAUUCUCUCCGGAAAUUUACGUGGUUUGAGCGCUCCGUAUGGCGAAUAUUGGCGCAAAUGGCGAAAGAUUCAACACACCGGCAUGAGCGGACGAGCCUCUCUAGCGUACCGCGAGCAUCAAACAUUAGAGUCAACCGUUUUGCUUCGUGAUCUUGCGCGAGACCCGAGUAACUACUCCUCCCUAGUCGAAAUGUUUGCAGUGUCGGUAGUGCUGUCCAUUAGUUAUGGGAGACGAGCUUCGAGCCUUGAGGAAGAGGUCGUCAAGGUCAACGCUGAGGCAAUAUCGGAAUUUCAACGUGUAAUCACCUCCGGAAAGCACGUAGUUGAAACCUGGCCAAGUCUGCUCUGGCUCCCACGUCCGCUUCAGUGGUUCCGUCAAGAUGCCGACAAGAAGCACGCAGCAGACACGCGCUUUUAUCUUCGGCUAUUGAGGGAUGUACGCAGACGAAUGUACGCAGGUACUGCGAAAGAAUGCAUGUCCUCGCGUAGUCUGGCGGCGCCUAGUAGUAAUGUCAGCGAAGUCGAGGUCGCAUACUCGGUAGCGGCCCCGUUUGGUGCGGGUGUUCAUACGACUUCGGGUAGCAUUGAAUACGCCAUUCUGGCGAUGAUUCUCUACCCAGAGACAGCCCACAGAGUCCAAGUAGAACUCGACGCUGUCGUCGGACGAGAACGAUUCCCUGGUUUCGAGGACGAGUCUUCCCUUCCAUACCUUCACAGUUUCAUUCUGGAACUCUCGCGAUGGAGACCUCCUGUUCCGCUCGCCGUUCCACAUGCUGUCACGAGGGACGACUACUUUCUAGGCGGGCGAAUCGCAAAGGGGACCACAGUUUACGGAAACAUCUACACUAUGAUGCAGGACACUGUCAUGUUCCCAGAUCCAGAAGAAUUCCGACCUGAACGGUUUAUGGAUGGCGCCCUGUCGGACUUUACGCUGCCGUUCGGUUUUGGAAGGAGACAAUGUCCCGGGAUGCACGUAGCUUCUCAAUCGCUUUUCAUCGUCAUCGGGCGACUACUCUGGGCGUUCGACGUCGUGUCCCUCGCCGCGCCAGACCCACACUCCUAUGUAAACCAUGGACUGGUGAGAGGUCCGGGCAAGAUAUCGUUCGAAUUGCGUUUCAGGGACAACGACGCGAUGAGGCUAGUGGAGGCUGAGGCUGCAGAGGCUGAAGAGAGGCUGAAGGAAUGGGCCUAGGUAAUUACUGGACGGUCUGGUGUUGGCACUUUCUCAUGUGCUUGUAGGCUUUGAAAGGCUCGAACUGUCAUCUGUGGCGACCCCUCUAGAUGGGCAUCUUUGUAUUUUGGUCCGAUUUCCAAGUAACUUUCUAGGGUUCUUGCGUCGUUUGUGCUGAUCCUAUACAGACUGCUCUGUG